AUGGAGGACUUGCUGGACCUAGGCGUGGAGCGGCGCCGCAGCUCGGCCACCUCCGGGGCCAAGAUGGGUCGCCGAGCUCAACAGGAGUCAGCUCAAGCCGAGAAUCAUCUCAGUAGCAAGAAUUCCUUUUCAGUUCUAACUGGAGAGGUUCCCCCUCCCAAGCCACCGCGCCGGCAAGGAGGCUGGGCAGAUGAAUCCACGAAGGCCUACAAGCCUGGAAGAAGAGCUUCCGAAGAAAUAGAGGAUCACCGCCUCAGGCAGCAGAGCCUGGAUGGAUCAGAUGAUGGAGGAGAUAUCCCUGUUAUUCCAGAUCUGGAAGAAGUUCAGGAGGAAGACUUUGUUUUGCAAGUGGCAGCCCCGCCCAGCAUCCAGGUCAACCGGGUGAUGACCUACCGUGACCUGGACAAUGACCUCAUGAAGUACUCGGCUUUUCAGACCUUGGAUGGAGAGAUCGACCUGAAGCUCCUCACCAAGGUCCUGGCGCCAGAGCACGAAGUCCGGGAGGACGACGUCAGCUGGGACUGGGACCGACUGUACACUGAGGUGUCCUCGGAGCUCCUCACCGAGUGGGACCUGCUACAGACCGAGGGGGACCCGGUGGCACAGCCCUCACACCCCUGAGCCCGGGGUCCGGCUUUUCUGGGCCUGAAUCCUCUCUGCUGUGGACUGGAAAAAAUGCAAUAAGCGCAAAUCUUAAAAAGAAUCUUGCAAGCCGUUUAGAAUUUUUAUAUGGAGUAUUUUUGUGAUAAAAAUAUUUAUUUUCAGUAGACCACAUUGGAUCACUCGUAAUAAAUUGCUUUA